AUGUUCGGCCGAGGAAGGAAGCAGAGUGUCUCUCAGGCCUCUGUCAAAGAUUCCGGAGUUUCAAAGCGUCGACCAUCUGUUGCGUCGACCCGCCGUCGGCCCUCGAUUGCCCCGUCUGCCAACACGCUGGUGGAUGCUACUGGCAGCAACUCUCCCAUCGUCACACUCGUCGUCGGCCCUGAGCACAGGAUAUUCGCGGCUCAUGAGGAUGUGCUGGCCAAGUCUCCCUAUUUCGGCACGGUUCUGAGGAAGCAGUACAUGGAAUCCUCCAGCAAGCGUAUUGCCCUCCCCGAUGAGGACCCCGAGGUCCUCUCCUCCAUCCUUGAGUACCUGUACAAGGGCGACUACUCGCCUCGCCUCGUUCACAACAAGCGCCGCGACGCCUGGGAGAUCGAGAGCAACGAUGCCGCCACGGUCGAGCUCCACGGGAUCAAGGGCGAGGUGCUGAAGGAUACCGUCAUUUACUGUGCUGGCGAGAAGUACGGCCUGGAUGAGCUGAAGCGCAUCGCCCUGCGCAAGCAAGGACUCCGCACCGGUGUCCAAUGCAACACCAUCCUCCUUUCUGCCCGAUAUGCCUAUGCCAACACGUCCGACAAUGACUCGAAGCUGCGCGCGCACUACCUCGCCCUCAUCAUCCGCAGCCGCAACACCUUCAAGCGCAGCGGCACCAUGCAGGCUGAGAUGUUCAACGGAGGCAGCCAGCUCUUCUUUGACCUCUUCGUCGCCCUCAGCAACCAUGUCGAUGACGUUGCCAGCCCGCGUGGCACAACGCAGGGCCGGUUCUAG